AUAUUGUCGUGUGAAUCUUCACACUCAUACUUGACCUCAAGUUUGUUAUUGAUAAAAAGGUUAGUUUUAAAUAUAGAUACGCUUGUUUCGUUGGGGACUAGCUAGCUGAGUAGCUGUGAUGAUGAAAGCGGCUUUAUAUGUUAUCGUAUUAAUCCUGGUUCACAGUUUGGCGAUCGAUAUUGGAGGAGGCGAUGGAAAUCCAUAUGGGGCCGUGAAAGCUAGGCCGACAGAGGAGGAGGUGGUGGCAGCGGUGACGGUGGAUCCAUCAUCGCACAGAGAGGAGGGAUACGAGCAAUCAUCAAGAGUGAUACCGGGGACAUGGUACCAAUCUCCGCAGCCCCUUGGAACCCGUCGCCAGGAUGCUCCGGCAUAUGCGGCGCCACCACCUUUUUCCUACGUCACGACCGCUUCAGAACUCGAUCCGCCACGGCCGCCACGGCGCCUGCUACUUUAGUUCAAUUCUUAAAUUAAUUGUUUUCGUAUUAGUUUUUUUGAAUUUCAAUUCUAGGAGUUUGCUGCAUUUUAUGAUUCAUAAAAUUGAAAAGGUUAUACUCCUUAUAUAAAUAUAGCUACAAUAUUCAUCUACUGUUUGGUAAAAAUGAAUGAUAAGAGUAAUAAGGUGAAAAAUAGGAUGCCUUAAUGAUCAGUGUUUGAAAAUAGGACUACAUAUAUUUUUUGUUUAUCAAUUCAAAACAUAAACAAUGUUAAUGAAUAAUUGAGAUUAAUGUGGGGAA